AUGAAGUAUUUUUCUUUCGUGUCACCUAUACUUUUGUAUCUUCAUUUGCUUUUUCUGUUUACCUUAACUUUAAUAUGCUUUGGUUCAAACAAAAUUGUGGCAGUGACGAUACUAGGAAACCAAACAGAUCAUUUGGCAUUGCUUAAAUUCAAAGAAUCAAUAUCCAUUGAUCCAUAUAGAACUCUUGAAUCUUGGAAUUCUUCCAUCCACUUCUGCAGCUGGUUUGGAAUCACAUGUAGCCCCAUGCAUCAAAGAGUUAUAGAGUUGAACUUAUAUGGAUCUGAACUACAUGGAUCUUUAUCUCCCUAUGUUGGCAAUCUCACUUUUCUGAAAAUUCUCUUCCUAAGAAACAACAGCUUCUUUGGAGAAAUUCCACACGAAUUGGGUCACUUGCUACACUUGCAACAACUUUUUCUCACCAAUAACUCAUUUUCAGGUGAAAUUCCUACAAACUUGACAUAUUGUUCCAAUCUCACACACUUGUAUUUGGGACACAACAAUCUAAUUGGCAAAAUACCAAUUGAAAUUCGAUCUUUGAAAAAACUCCAAUUUUUUGAUGUUUCCGAAAACAAUUUAACUGGAGGAAUCCCUUCAUUCAUAGGGAAUCUUUCAAGCUUAGAGCGUUUUACCUGUGCAGCUAACAAUAUAAAAGGAGAUAUUCCGCAAGAAAUAUGUCGCCUUAAAAACUUGUCAUUUUUACUUUUAGGUGAGAACAAAUUGUCUGGUAUCAUUCCUUCUUGUCUUUUCAACAUCUCAUCACUUACUACUAUUUCCAUUGCACUGAAUAACUUUCAUGGUCCUCUUCCACUCAGCAUGUUCAACACCCUCCCCAAUCUUCAAGUGUUUGAAAUUGAAAAAAAUCAGUUUUCAGGUCCAAUCACUUCCAUAAUAAAUGCAUCUUCCAUUAGAAUACUUGCUUUAAAUGGAAAUCAUUUUGUGGGACAAGUUCCAAGUCUAGGAAGGCUAAAAGAUAUAGAUAUUUUGAAUUUGGAACUCAACCAGUUAGGUAACAGUUCAUCUAAGGAUUUAGAGUUUUUAAAUUCUUUGACAAACUGUACUAAACUGAGUGUCUUUUCUAUAGGCCAAAAUAAUUUUGGAGGCAUUCUGCCAAACUCUAUAGGAAAUUUAUCCACUGUGAUUAAAAAACUAAUUUUUGGGGAUAAUACGAUAUCAGGACAAAUUCCUCCUGAACUGGGACGUCUCGUUAGCUUAAUUCUCUUGGAAAUGGGAAACAACCAACUUGAAGGAAAUAUUCCAACUACUUUUGGGAAGUUUCAAAAUAUGCAAUGGUUAUCUUUGUCCGGAAAUAAACUUUCAGGAGAUAUACCACCUUUUAUAGGCAAUCUUAGUCAAUUGUUUCAUUUGGAAAUACAAGCUAAUAUGUUUAGAGGAAAUAUUCCUCAAAGCAUAGGAAACUGUCAAAAUUUACAACAUUUAGACCUUUCCCAUAACAAGCUUAGAGGAACCAUACCUUUAGAGGUGUUUAAUCUUUUUUCUUUAUCAAACUUACUGGACUUGUCACAUAACUCUUUCAGUAGUAGCUUACCAGAAAAAGUGGGUAUGUUAAAAAAUAUUGGUAGGCUAGAUGUCUCUCAUAAUCAUUUGUCGGGAGAUAUUCCAAUAUCUAUUGGGGAAUGCACAGUCUUAGAAUAUCUUUCUUUGCAAGGUAACUCUUUCAAUGGAACAAUACCACCCUCUUUGGCUUUUCUCAAAGGUCUUCAAUAUUUAGACCUUUCAAUAAAUCGGUUUUCUGGAACAAUUCCUGAUGUUAUACAAAAUAUCUCGGGUUUAAAAUACUUGAAUGUUUCUUUUAACAUGUUGGAAGGUGAAGUACCAAUAUCCGGUGUCUUUGGAAAUGCAAGCCUAGUAGCAAUGAUUGGAAACAAAAAACUUUGUGGAGGUAUUCCACCGAUGCGCCUACCAGCUUGCUCCGUCAAGGAUAGGGAACACCCAAAACACCAUAAGUUCAUGUUUGUAGUUAUUGGUGUGAUUUCUCUUCUUCUUCUCAUAGUUUCAAUUUUUCUAACUAUUUAUUGGAUGAAGAAAAGAAUCCAAAAAAAAUCUUUUCAUUCACCAAUAAUUGAUCAACUAGAUAAGGUUUCAUAUCGAGACUUACAUCAAGGAACAAAUGGUUUCUCAAUUACAAACUUGAUUGGAUCGGGGAGUUUUGGUUCUGUGUACAAAGGAAAUCUUGUGUCAGAAGACAAUUUUGUUGCCAUAAAGGUCUUCAAUCUCCAGAAGAAAGGAGCUCGUAAGAGUUUCAUUCUUGAAUGCAAUGCACUCAAAAAUAUUAGACACCGAAAUUUAGUCAAGAUUAUAACAUGUUGUUCAAGUUCAGAUUAUAAAGGUCAAGAAUUUAAAGCUCUAGUCUUUGAUUAUGUGAAAAAUGGAAGCUUAGAACAAUGGUUGCAUCCUGAGAUUUCAAAUGUAGAGAAUCAAACAUCAUUGGACCUAACUCAUAGAGUCAACAUCAUUACCGAUGUUGCUUCAGCAUUACAUUAUCUUCAUCAAGAAUGUGAACAGUUGAUCAUUCAUUGUGAUCUAAAGCCAAGUAAUGUACUUCUUGAUGAUGACAUGGUUGCUCAUGUGAGUGAUUUUGGCAUAGCAAGACUUGUUUCAUCCAUUGACGGUACUUCUAAUAAGGAUACCAGUACAAUUGGAAUAAAAGGGACUGUUGGAUAUGCUCCUCCAGAGUACGGAAUGGGCUACGAAGUGUCUACAUGUGGUGACAUGUAUAGCUUUGGAAUCCUGAUGUUGGAAAUGCUUACCGGUAGAAGACCCACCAAUGAAGUUUUUGAAGAUGGCCAAAAUCUGCAUAACCUUGUCGCAGUUUCGUUUCCUAACAAUCUUAUAAAUGUUUUGGACCCGGGGCUUGUACCAAGAGAUGCAGAAGUAGAAAUACAAGAUAGAAAUCGUGAGAAUGCUAUUCAAACUGUUGAGGAGUGCUUAGUUUCACUUUUUAGAAUUGGACUUAAUUGUUCAAUGGAACCACCAAAGGAACGGAUGAAUAUUGUGGAUGUCACUAAAGAGCUUAGCAUCAGAAAAACUUUGUUUGCUGGUGUUCGCACUUAUAAUUAG